AUGUGGAGUGGUAUGAAUGGUGCAAUUGAACCGACCAAGAUUAAGGAAUUGGUUGCUGAAAAAGCGCCACAAUUCGCGAAUUUCGCACAGCACGAUGCGCACGAGUUCUUGAGUUUUCUAAUCGAUGGACUGCACGAAGAUUUGAAUCGUGUGAAAACAAAACCGUAUACGAGUACAGUGGAAGCGAAUGGAAGAGCUGAUAUUGAGGUGUCGAAUGAGGCAUGGAAAAAUUAUUUGUUGAGGAACGAUUCAUUGUUCGUGGAUCUGUUUCAUGGACAACUGAAAUCACGAUUGCAAUGUCCUCAAUGUCAUCAG